CUUCUCAACAUGGCAUCUAUCAUAUGUUUUCUCCUUCUUCUCGCUUUUGCUUCUCUUGCAAAAGCUCAAGAAACAAGAUCAAACAUAACAGCAGGUUCUUCCCUAAGUCCAACCGCUAACUCGUCUUCUUGGCUCUCACCUUCAGGACUCUACGCCUUCGGGUUCUACCCUCAAGGCCGAGGCUACGCGGUCGGAGUUUUCCUCGCCGGGAUCCCGCAGGGAACCGUCGUCUGGACUGCGAACAGGGACGAUCCACCUGUUUCCGCUGGUGCCACCUUGCUCUUCACCAACGAUGGCCGCCUUAUACUGCGAUCCUCGCAAGGUGAAGAAACUUAUAUUACUUCGGCCUCUCUGUCGGCCUAUUCCGCUUCUAUGCUUGAUUCGGGCAAUUUUGCGCUGUACGAUCCUAAGGGAAGUGUGUUGUGGGAGAGCUUUGACUACCCGACCGAUACCCUUUUGCCGACACAGCGCCUUUUGGCAGGCCAACAGAUAAUCUCUAGCAUCUCGGCAACGAACCACUCGACGGGAAUUUUCCGUCUCAAGAUGCAACACGAUGGGAAUCUGAUUCAGUAUCCAGUGAACACUCCGGAUACUGCUCCAUAUUCUUACUUCACAUCUUGGACGGGCGGAGCGGGAGAUAAUGUCUCGCUCAACUUUGAUGUUGAUGGUCAUAUGUUCUUGCUCAACACCACGGGAUAUAUCAUAAGGAAUGUAACGCCGGGAGGGUUACCAACGAAAAGCACCAUUUUCAUCUUUAGGAUUGACUCUGAUGGCUUGAUGAGAAUGUAUUCGUAUGAUUUGAAUCAAAAGGGAAAUUGGUCGGUCGUAUGGCAGUCUACGAAUGAUGAAUGUGAUCCGAAGGGUUUAUGCGGCCUAAACGGUUUUUGUGUAAAAAAUGACCAACAAGCUAAUUGCCAAUGUCUUCCCGGAUUCGAUUUUGUUGAGCCGGGAAAUUGGGCAGCGGGCUGCGAGAGGAAUUUCACCGCCGAGACUUGCAGGACAGGCGACGCGAGUGCGAGUUACGUCAUCCAAGCUGUUGAUAAUACCCUUUGGGAAGAUGAUUCGUACUCGGUCGUUCCGUCGACAGAUAAAGAUGGGUGCAAACAGGCCUGUUUGGAGGAUUGUAACUGUGAGGCUGCGCUCUACAAUGGUGGGAAUUGCAGGAAACAAAGGCUUCCAUUGAGAUAUGGAAGAAUAUUGUUAACUGAACCGACUAGCGCACUGAUCAAGGUAGGCAUCGCGAAACCCGUUACCGCUGAUCAAAAUAAGAAGGAGAUGACUCGGAGGGAUAUACUAUACGUUAGCCUUUCGCUCCUCGCUUUCGGAUUCGUUAUGAUGGCUAUUUCAGUAGUUAUAAUAUGCAAGAACAGCAUGUGGACGUACCAAAGGAUCCGUAACAAGAUAGAGGUUGGUUUGGCGAAAGAUCCGGCGCCUCGACCGUUCACUUAUGCAGAACUCGAGGUAGUCACUGACAGUUUCAAGGAACAGAUAGGUAGAGGAGCAUUCGGAACAGUUUACAAAGGGGUGAUUGGGGAGAAGACAGUUGCCGUCAAAAGACUCGAUAAGUACUUGGCUGAAGGGGAAAGGGAGUUUCAGACCGAGGUCGAAGUCAUCGGUCGAACCCAUCAUCGAAACCUGGUCCGCCUCAUCGGGUAUUGUCUGGAAGGAACGAAUAGGCUUUUGGUGUACGAGUACAUGAGCAACGGAUCGCUUGCAAACGUUCUCUUCGAUAGUUCCGAAAGCCGACCUUCUUGGGACGAAAGAAUGGAGAUAGCACGGGAUAUAGCCCGAGGAGUGCUAUAUCUGCACGAAGAGUGCGAGACCCAAAUUAUCCACUGCGACAUAAAGCCACAGAACAUACUCAUGGACAAAAACCGUGCCAAGAUUUCGGAUUUCGGACUUGCAAAGCUGCUAAACGCAGACCAAACCAGAACUUUCACCGGUAUUCGAGGGACGAGAGGUUAUGUGGCGCCCGAGUGGCACCAGAACAAGCCUGUGACGGUGAAAGCAGAUGUUUACAGCUUCGGGAUCGUGCUCUUGGAGAUCAUCUGUGGUCGGAGGAAAGUGGAUGUGGACUUACCGGAGAGCGAAGCAAUCUUGGAAGAAUGGGUUUGUGAAUGUUUCUGGAAUGGCGAGAUCGGUAAAUUGACCGGUGACGAGAAGGUUGAUGAGGAUGAACUGAAGGCCGCUAUCAAGGUUGCGCUCUGGUGCAUCUCUGAUGACCCGAUUCUCCGUCCUCCGAUGAAGAGAGUUCUACUGAUGUUGGAAGGAAGUGCCGAAAUCCCGACCCCUCCUAUUCCUUCAUCUUCCAUUUGCACCGACAAAAGUUUUGUCUGAAUACUUUACAGAUUGAUGUAGAUAAUGCUGGGGAAUCAAGAGCUCCUAUCUAGUAAUCCUUCUGGGAUUAGACCAAUAUAUGCAGACGUUAUUUUUGUUCACUAAAUAAAGUACAGAUGAUAUUCAAUUGUGUG